ACGGCAUCAAAGACUAACAGCAACAACCGCACACACGCCAAAGCAAAACCAUCAAACCUAAGUGGUUUAGAACUCCGCUGCUUCCAGAAGGAACAGAGGAAAGCAGCAGGGCGGGUUGCAUUGCUGCAGCAGCAGCAGCAGCACACUGCACGCCCAGCAGCAAAUCUAACCCUAGCAGCAGCAGCAACAGCAGCAACAGCAAAAACAACAGAAGCAACAGGCACAAAGCAGCAGCAGCAACAACAAGACCUGGAGUUGCUGCAGUGUAUCCAACAGCUGUGUGUUGGUACCCCACAUAGGCUCUACGAUGCAGCAGCAGGAAAAAGCAGCAGCAGCAGCAGCAGCAGCAGCAAGAGCAGCAGCAGCAGCAGCAGGAGCAACGGCGAGGAUGGAGAGUCUACUGCUGUAGAGGAAGCAAAAGACACCUGCAGCAGCAGCAGCGAUGCACCUGCACUGCAGCAGCAGCAGCAGCAGCAGCAGCAGCUGCAGCUGCAACUAACAGACUACCUCUUUGGGGCUUAUAUUAUUUAUGCUGUUGCAUGCAUCUUCUACUCUGAGCAAAUUGGUCUCCUCUUCGGCUUCCCAUCCAAAUGGCAUGGAGUGUUAAGCUUUUCUGCAUUCUUGGGUUGGGGAAAUCAUACCGACAGAGAUUGGAUUAAUACAGACAGAUUCAUGCCAGGUAUAGAUAUAAGACUAACAACAAUAGCAGUAAAUAUGCGUCUUCCUUUUUGGGGUCAUUUGCUGCAAGCCCUAGGGGGCCCUGGGCGUGCCGUGCUGCUAGUAGUAGGAGGGGCAAGGGAGGCCCUCUUGGGGAGAAAAGGAGAAAAUAAUUUAGUCUUAAAAAGAAGAAAAGGAAUAUUUGAACUUGCCCUACAAACUGGUUCUUGGCUUAUACCCGUAUUUUCUCUAGGGGAGAAUGAUAUGUAUGAUUGGAUAGAUGACGAGGGUUUAAUUUGUAAAUCAUUAAAAUUUAUUUCUCGUAAAACGAUGGCCUAUUUUGGAUUCUCCUUGCCUCGUACCUACGGGCGUGGUUUAUUCCAAAUAACGAUGCCAAAGCGCGUAAAGAUUGUUCAAGUUGUUGGCGAUCCUCUUCCUGUUCCUCACAUUGCAAACCCUACACAAAAGGAUAUAGAGGAGUUGCGCCAGCGGUACUGCGAGGCCCUCCAACGAGUUUAUGACAAAGCCAGGGUGGCUUAUGGCCCUGAGGGACAAUUCGCAGACCUUCGGAUCGUGGAGUAA